AAAGUUACAGCGCUUAACAACCCUGCGCGCAGCUAGUGGUGGAAUUUUAAUAGCCUAAAAAGUUAGCGGGAAAAGACAGGUUGGAAAAGGCUCAGAAAGAGAGAGGAACCAGACAGACAGCCUUCCAGGUUGCCCUGGCCGAGCUCCCUGGCUUCAGAUGCGCACUUGAGAAAGGUCUCCUUCUGGUCCCAGGAUUCUCCAGAGCUGGAUCCUUGCAACUGGACAUGGGAAGGGGCAGGUCGGCCAGGCCCCAGGGCAAACCAGAGUCAUCUCCCCUUUCCGCUUGCACAGAACCCUAAACUCGCGUUCAGGAGGAGUAAGGCCGCGUGGGUUGAGCUGUGAGGUGACUGUUCACCGGUCCACGAGUGACACCUCGUUGGGGAGAAGGAGGAGAUGCUAGAAUGGGGGCAUGUGAGGCCUGGUAGUCAUUUCCAUUUCGAAGGCACGUCCAGAGCGUGAGAGAAUAUGGGCCUUCUUAAAAUGGCAUAGUGUCAGGGCUCUUGAGGGACGUGUGAAGGGCACCGAUAUUCAGUGCAGAGUUCUGCUAACCUCUGGCGCUAAUCUGGGAGUUAGGCCACCGGAUCCUGGAACAUCAGUCCUGAUCGCAUGGUGGUCCCUGGACGAUGCAUAAACACCCAACGCGAGCUCAGCUGAUUUGGGGCUUCCAGGGAAGCUGGAAGGCGGCCUCAAAGACUGAAGAUCCCGGAAGCAUAGAGGCUGGAGAAGAAUCAGGCUAAGUCAACCUCAGGCGAACCACUUCUCUGUGCCGUCACCUAAGCUGCCACUGCCGAGUCUCUGCCGGCACUCCAGACCCCCAAAAGCGGUGAAGGCCCCGUGUCGUCCUGCCAGCCACUAGUCCAUCCCUUUCGGCUCCGAAACUAGUAGAGGAGGGUCCUGGACAGAAGACAGGCAGGAGGCUGACUGAUCCUGCCGGUGGACUACUCCAACGAAGUUUUGAGGGGGACAGCCCCUGGAGAGGACUUGGGUGCCUGAGACAAAGCACUCCUGUGGAUGAACUUUCCAAAGAUGACCGGAACAAGAGUUUGCUUUGACUUUUUUCCCCCGUCCAGGGACCUCCUCCCAGUGAUCUGUGGGUUCUUAAACCACGGAGAUGGAGUGAGGUGAGAUGGGGAAAAGGGGAACGCGGAGAAACUUCCAAGCCGAUGGAGCCUAACAAGUGGGAGGCUUGCCCGGUCCUGCUCAACACGCAGAACUGCUGCUUGUCUGGAAAGUAUAGUCCAACCUCACCCCGCUCCCCCGACCACCCCCCCCCCCGGCGCCCACCACCCCAAGUGUAUGUUCCGGGUUGUUCUUUCUGGUGUCCUGCCAAGCUCAGAUGUGGGAGGAAGCAGUAAGCGCGGUGCGGGUUUUUUCCUAGGUUCACUCUGCAAAAGUUGUAGCUCCAGGAAAACUUCCAGGUCACCAGUGGGAGCCCCAAGAGGACUCUGCCGCUUGUCAAGCGGGAGGACCUGGAGCGUGUGCGCCACCCACUGCCGCCUGGGAGGCCGCCCAGCCCUGCCCAGGGUCACCGAGCUGCCUGCGCCUCCGCGGGCGGCCAGGGGGUGGGACACGCGGCCGGCCGGGUUUGGUCAGUCCCACGCCCCGCCCCAGGAGCUCACUCUGGUCGGCGACGUGAGGGUGCGGAGUAAGUACCGGGAAGUUACCCUCAGCCCAGUCUCAAAGUACCGCUCCUGAAAGCUGAAGGCAGAUUUUUUUCUAGAGAUAACAAAGACACUUUGUCACUUUGCGCGCUGCCUUGGUGCAAAUCUUUAAUUGCAAGUGGGGGUGGGGGAUCGAGUGUCCCGAGCAACCCAAGCGCGAGUCUCCAGGCGGCAAGGCCCCCUUUGAUCAGGAAAAUCCAAUUAUUUGUGUAUAUACAUUUCCCACAUAGUGAUUACUUCAUUAAUUGUCCCGCCUUUAUCUCCUCCCUUCCCAUCCCCCCUAAUAAUCAGUUCUUUUAUCCAGACCAACAAACACACCAUAGGAGCUUUGUGGAUUCAAAGGAUUUGCUUUCGCUUCUGAAAGAGCCGCUAUUCUUUGAUGAUUGGGUAGCGGCAAACUUCAAAGCCAUAAAUCUUUCCUCUGACUGGCUGGCGGCCCAGCAAAGCCCUUAUCAAAUUCUUGGAGGUGAUCCUGAAGCGCUCAGACCGCGCGCGGGGCGAGCGAGCGGGGCGCGGGCGGGGAGGACUCGGAGGCACGCUGGGCGGCCGGUCGUCCUCGCCUUCGGGUGUCCAUGCCUCGGCGGCCGCGUCCCGCUCCACAACGAGCGGCCUUCAAGAAGUAGCCAUGGCCGCUGUGGCCGUCCUCCGGAACGACUCUCUGCAGGCUUUCCUCCAGGACCGCACCCCCAGCGCCUCCCCGGACCUAGGCAAGCACUCGCCGCUGGCGCUGCUGGCCGCCACCUGUAGCCGGAUCGGCCAGCCCGGCGCGGCGGCGGCCCCCGACUUCCUGCAGGUGCCCUACGACCCAGCGCUGGGCUCACCCUCCAGGCUUUUCCACCCGUGGACCGCCGACAUGCCCGCGCACUCGCCAGGCGCCCUGGCUCCCCCACAUCCCAGCCUGGGGCUGACGCCACAGAAAACACACCUGCAGCCGUCCUUCGGGGCUGCGCACGAGCUCCCACUCACGCCCCCCGCGGAUCCCUCGUACCCUUACGAGUUCUCGCCGGUCAAGAUGCUGCCCUCGAGCAUGGCGGCUCUGCCUGCCAGCUGCGCGCCCGCCUACGUGCCCUACGCCGCCGCACAGGCCGCUCUGCCCCCGGGCUACUCCAACCUGCUGCCCCCGCCGCCACCUCCACCUCCACCGCCCACCUGCCGUCAGCUGUCCCCCGCCCCAGCCCCGGACGACCUCCCCUGGUGGAGCAUCCCGCAAUCGGGCGCGGGGCCCGGAGGCUCCGGGGUUCCAGGGACUAGCCUGUCCAGCGCCUGUGCCGGGCCCCCCCACGCUCCCCGCUUUCCCGCCUCCGCUGCGGCGGCUGCAGCGGCUGCGGCUGCCCUGCAACGGGGCCUAGUGCUGGGCCCGUCGGACUUUGCGCAGUACCAGAGCCAGAUCGCCGCGCUACUGCAGACCAAGGCCCCCCUGGCGGCCACGGCCAGGAGGUGCCGCCGCUGCCGCUGCCCCAACUGCCAGGCGGCUGGCGGCGCCCCCGAGGCGGAGCCGGGCAAAAAGAAGCAACACGUGUGCCACGUGCCAGGCUGCGGCAAGGUGUACGGCAAGACGUCGCACCUGAAGGCGCACCUGCGCUGGCACACGGGCGAGCGGCCCUUCGUGUGCAACUGGCUCUUCUGCGGCAAGAGCUUCACGCGCUCGGACGAGCUGCAGCGGCACCUGCGGACUCACACGGGCGAGAAGCGCUUCGCCUGUCCCGAGUGCGGCAAACGCUUCAUGCGCAGCGACCACCUCGCUAAGCACGUGAAGACGCACCAAAAUAAGAAGCUCAAAGUCGCCGAGGCGGGGGUGAAGCGGGAGAACCCGCGGGACCUAUGAGCUCACCCGGGCACUUGGCAGGCCACCCCCGCCCAGGACAUCCUUCCCAGCACCUUUGCUAGCAGGCCCGAGGCAGACCAUCGAGGCUGCUGGCAGAGAGGAAACUUUAAAAACCAACUUUUGAGUGUCCUCCUCCCGUAAGGAAGCCCUGCUGCCCAGCCCUAGAGCAGAGGGCAGGGCAGGGCAGGGCUGGGAACUGGAUCAUGAUUGAGAACCCUAAGUUUUCCCAGGACAGUUCCAAAGGCCGAACUAUCGCCUGCCUGGAAGACCUACAGUCGGGGAUUCUACCCCCGGGCUGGCUUUGCUUUGUAGGAAUCGCUGUUGAUGAAAAGUGGAAGAGCCUUGGGAGAUUCAAAACAGGGCUUGAGUUUUCGCUAGGCCCGAUUCGGGCUUUGUACAGGUUAUUUAAUAAUAGCUUUGUUAAAGAGUAAUUAUAAUUAUAACAUUAAUAAAUGUUUCUGUUGUUCUCAGCUCCACGCAGAGCUACAGCAUGGUAUGUUUCUGUAAAGCGAUCAGCAGUUGCAGCGUGAAAAUAAAUACGUUCAUUCCAGGGUCUCCUCAGGAAGACCCCCGCAGAGCCGGUCUCCUCUGAUCUUUCCUUCUUCCUGGAGUCUUCACUGAGAGGUCAGGUUUCACCCGGAAUCUGGUGGUUCCUGUGUGCUGUUUCUAUCUGCUGUGUCUUUGCCUUCUAAAGUUUUGGGAAAGUGUGUACUGGAGGCAUGGGCAGGCUCAGGGCAGUCAAUUUUCAGGUGAAGAGGUCAGGGCAAGAUUUGCCCGUCCCGGAUUAGGGAUCUGUGCAAUUCUAGGACUUGAUGUGCUUUUUUUAAGUUUGAUACCUGCUCUAUAUAAAAUGGGGUGAAUUCCCUGCUGUUUUAUUUACAGUUGUUGGUACUUUGGGGACCCAUGGAAGGAGCUAAGCGUUCUCAGGGCCUUCUCCCGGGUGAGAUUUUUUGAGAGUUAAAUGGAGAAACUGACAGUUCUUAUGUGGAUGAGGCAGUGCCAGGAUAACACCGAAAGGUAACUGUCACUUUGCCGCGUGCCAGCCUGGCCACACACAACUUGUUUGUUAAUUCACACAGACCAGCUAGACAGCCAUCGAGCUAGGCCAGGAAGUGUAAUUUUUCUUGUAGCGUGGACUUCCUUUUUAAUCUUCUGGCCGGACAGAUUUCCUCAGGGAAGAACCAGGAAUGCUCGCUUGCUCAUAGCCUAGAAAUGUAGGAACAAGACUUUUUCAGAUCCAGGUUUGUUGCCUUUCUCUAACUUUUUAAGGUCUCUCCCCCCCCCCCCCAGUGUCUCAACUCAUUUGUAUCCCAAUAUUUGGGGUUUCAAACCCAAAACUUAACAAGCAGUUAGACUCUUUUAUUUAGAAUCAGCAAAACCCAAAACAAUAUUUAAAUUUCGUAAUUGUUAAGUCAUUGUCAAACUGCCAUGAAUCUUUUCAUGAUAAAUGUGUGUACAUGUAUUUAUACUAUUUCACAGCCUACAAGAUUGCCAUGAAUUUUUGCUUGAAGUCAAAUUAAAGGGCAAAAAUUUCAAAAGCUAUGAUGGGUUGUUCUUGAAAGUUAUGUAAAUAAGACACAAACAUCAACAUAAUUGAGAUGAGAAUAACGUAGCGGUGAGAAAUCGUUUGAUUUAUGUGUAAUGUGAGACAAGGCAGCAAAUUAUGUUAGAUUCCUUGGCAGAGCAUGUUUCAGAGCUACUAGCCCUCUUUCGAGAUUUUGAACUAUUUAAUAAAAUUGAAGGCCAGCCAGCCAUCCUGGUCCUUCACUUCAGAAGAGUGAGCUAAAUGUCUAAGGGUGUGGCCAGUUUGCAAGCAAUUAUAACACAGCAGUUAGACAGUGUGGUCAGUCUGUCUAACUAAAUGUGCAUUCUUAAUUCCAAUCUAUUGUAAUUAAUCAGGCAUACCUUGAUUUAGACCAAGUACAUGUUAUAUGGGGAAGUAGAAAAGUUGCAUGAAGUUUUCAGUUACCCACUCUUGAGCCAUGACCUGGGAUGCACUUCAGACUCAAGAAAAGUUGCUUGGCAGCUGAUGGGGACUUUGGAGUCAGGAAGCUUGAAGUGGUUAUGUCAUGUUUGUGUGAGAGAAGUAGCUUUGAUUUAAAAGGAGGAGGUAGCAAUUUUGGAACACACCUGUGAUUACUGACAGGUACAAUCCUUUAGCAUUCAGAGAGGAAAAUAAACCUUUAUCAUAGGAGGAAAGCAGACAAAAUGUAUGAGCUUGGAAAUUAAACAUGAGGGAUAGUGAAGGUAGUACUCUUUGAACUUUGUAAUUAAGGAGAAAACUAGGUCAAAUACGUGGAAUUUGCCAAAGUAAUAUAUAUGUACCUUUAAAAACCAAGCUAGUCUUGUGAUAACAAAAUUAACUUUCUUAGGAUUGUGGUUAAUUGAGCCUGCCAAAUCCAAAAGCAGUCUUUAGCUUAAUUUGAUACAUGGUAAUUGUUGAUCAUUCAUUGUAUCACUGCAGCUCCAUCACUUACUUUAGAAAAAGAAUUAACAGCAUUAUUGAAGGAGGAGUCAGGAAGCCACAGUGAUAGUAAUAUCCAAGUAUAGGAAGGCAUCCCAUGGGUAUACUGAAAAAAUAAGUUAAUAUAAUGUAGAAAUGCAUUCCAGUUUACAAGCUGUGGGAAUUUGAGUUAUUGCAUGCUUUGUUUAUAAGUCUGCAACUAGAGUACCAUUUUAAAGACAUUAAAACUUAUUUUGGAACACCAGUAAGCAAAAACAAUAUGCAUGACUUAGGUACAAAUUAAAUAUAUUACUUAUAGCCGAAAAUGUAAUGGAAUUAAAGUUAAAAAUUUAGGAGCAAAUUAUUACUAACUGUAGACUACAUAUUAUUUUGAAUUCGAGUUUGCCAACUUCCAAAAGUGAGUUUUAUUUGCCAACUUUUAUCAAGGUUUUUAUUUAAGACUUCAAUACACAAUUAUUUAAAAACUGAAAUGAGUAUGUUAAUGAUGUCUCAAAUGACACUAGAUGAUUUUUUUUUUUUUAAAGAAGCUGGUUUGGGCAGAAUAGAAAUAGAGUAUAUAUUAAAUUCCAAAUUGGUGACAUUUUAAAAUGUACACUCAAUGAAUAAAUGAAUCAUUUGGGUCAAGAACUUAGAAACAGAGAAAUUGAAUAAUAUAUAAAUUAUCUAAUUUGGAAUUUUGUGUUUCUGAAUUUAGCAAUAUGAUUUUCUGCUUUUCUCAAGAGAACAUUGGGAAGACAUUUCCAUGGUUGAUCAUUUAUUUGCUUUUAAUGAGUCUGGUAAAUUUGCCAAAGAAAAUACAAGGGUUACUAACCUCAAUUUCAAUAGUUUCUAGAUUUAUUAGAAUUAAACUCUUACUAUAUUUUAAAAAAUUAUUUGCCUUAAUUCAGUCAAAUAAGACAUGCCACUAAAAAAGUAAUCUUGCUGAGGGUGCUUCCAAUAAACCCUAUUUGAUGACACCAUGAAAGGCAGGUGUUUACCUCAGCGUGCGCUCUGCUCUGUUUUAAUGCUGGAGGCUUUGAAGCAAUCAGUUUAAAAUGGUGUCUUCAGCGUUGUUAUUUGGGUCUGCUAGGGGAAUGUGCUAGAAGCUGUUACAGAAGUAGCUACGAAUUCUACUCUUCUAACGUGUGGCUAACACUUGUUUAUGUGGGACUGUAGAAUUGCAAAAGGUUGUUACUUACUUUAGUGUAUAGCCUUACAAGACAGACACAAUUAUCAGGGCUUUGGGGGGUGUGAAUGGGCUAUGUUGAAGAAUCAUAUUUAAAUUUUGAUGGCUAGUAAACAACUACAGUUCACUGUCACUACUUUCUUCUUGUUUGUAUGGUAGAGGGAGGACUUUUAAAAGAAUAUGAGACCUGGGACUCCUAUAAAAUGCUGGUGGCACACUCCUUGAAUCCAAUAAGGAGGAUGAAGCAGAAGGAUUGCCCAGAGUUCAAGGCCAGUACGGGUUACACAGUGAGUGUGAGGCCAGCCUGAACUACCAAGCAAGACCAUACCAUGUUGCAACACCUGUCCAAAACCAGAGAAGUGUGUUAACACAGUUUGAUAAUGUAGGGAGAAAAAUAAGGAAAAUAUCUAGGUAGACACAUGUUUAUGAUGAGCUAUAUUUAGGUUAAUAUUGCCAAAAUGACAUGCACUAUAGUCAUAAUCUGACCCAUAUAACAAUCUAUAUAGGCAGUUUAAUUUUUCUCUGAUAUU